GGAGGAGAUUCGCGCAUGCGCGGCGGCGCGCGGUCUGUCCAGGAGGAGGAGGUUCGCGCAUGCGCGGAAGCCUGUGGUCGCUCUUCUUCCUGCUAGUAUUUCUCUGCUGAGGAGCAGGGGAGAAAUCCGGACGGAGGAUGAGGGCGAGCUAGUUCAUUUCUUGACCUAGGUGGGGAAAGGUUUGGAGGAGCAAAGGUGAACCCCAGAAAUCCACAGUCUGUUUUCUCUUGUCCCAGCAGCUUUAAAGUGCCUGCUUGUGAGCCAGGUCGGUUCCUGGGACUGAGGAGAAGUCUCACAGCCCAGUAGGCGCCUGCUAGGUGCCUCCAACUACAUGCUAGGGAAGGCCAAGAGAGGCAAGAAGCCCCUGACUUCCGGGAGCGAACAAUCCAAGGGGGGAGGGGGACGGCGCGCCCACAACACUGCAGGAUACAGAGAGGGUCAAACUGAAAAUAAUAAAAGAGAAGCCCCUAGCACUAAGGACAGAGAGGGAAGGAAGAGGCUUAAGAAAGACUUCUUCUUGUAGGUGGGAUUUUAGUUUAAUAAAUGCUUAUUUGGGGCACAAUCAAUGAAAAUUCCCUGAAUCAGGCGAGGGAGUCUUUAACUGAAAGGAGACCAGUGUUCCUGGAAAGGAUUUGGGGCUGGGAGGUAAGGAGGAUGAUAGUGACAGAGCAUAAAACUUGUCUCACUUCAUCCAGAUUCAGAUUAAGGAUUUAUAGACAUUUUGGAGGGGUCCCUGCAGGAACGUCUGAUCACACUCCUUUCCCUUUCAGUCCUCAUCUUUUUGCUAUAUCAGUCUCCCUAUAACGUUACUGUUUAUGAUUGUAUAACUUAGCUUUUAUCAUGCCAUUCUCCUGUGGGGAAAAAUUUCAGCGGAUACACAAUCCAAACUCCUUAACAUAAGCAUUCAAAGAGGAAACAUUGUAGAGUGAAAGGAAGCUGAAUUUAUGGCUUCCCCAUUGUCAACUGGCCUUCUCUCUCUCCUGGCUCAGCUAUUGAUUUGUAGACUUGCACAUGAUGAACUGUGAACUUCUAGCUACGUGCAGUGCCCUUGGGUAUCUUGAAGGAGAUAUUUACCACAAAGAGCCAGAUUGCUUAGAGAGUGUGAAGGAUUUGAUCCGCUACCUGAAGUAUGAGGAUGAGACCCAUGAUGUGCGGCAGCAACUAGGAGCAGCCCAGAUCCUCCAAGGGGAUCUUUUGCCCAUCCUCAUCCAGCACCGCCAGGACAAGCCGCUCUUUGAUGCUGUUAUCAGGCUUAUGGUCAACCUGACACAGCCUGCCCUGCUCUGCUUUGGCAAAGUUCCUCAGGAUCCCAGCUUCCGGCAUCAUUUCCUGCAAGUGUUAAGCUACCUACAAGCCUACAAAGAAGCCUUUGCCAAUGAGAAGGUCUUUGGGGUUCUCAGUGAGACACUCUAUGAACUAUUGCAGCUGGGCUGGGAGGAGCGUCAGGAAGAAGACAACUUGCUAAUUGAGCGGAUUCUUCUGCUGGUUAGAAACAUUCUCCAUGUCCCAGCUGACCCAGAUCAAGAAAAGAAUGUCGAUGACGAAGCCAGCGUCCACGACCAACUGCUCUGGGCCUUACACCUCAGUGGCUUUGACGACCUGAUGCUCUUCUUGGCCAGCUCUGCGUCUGAACAGCAGUGGAGUCUACAUGUGGUAGAAAUUGUUUCCCUCAUGUUCCGGGACCAGAAUCCCGAGCAGCUGGCCGUGGCCGGGCAGGCACGCUCAGCACGUGAGCAGGGUGCUGACAUGGCCGAGCUGGAAAUUCUGCGGCAGAGGGAGAUGGCAGAGAAGAAGAACCGGGCCCUUCAGCGGAGCAGCAGACAUUCUCGUUUUGGGGGAUCCUACGUUAUCCAGGGGCUGAAAUCCAUUGGAGACAGGGACGUUGUCUUUCAUAAAAGUCUACACAAUUUUCAAAGUUAUAGCCCAGAUGUGGGUAAAGAUACUCGCUAUGUGCCCCGACGCCGUCAGCUGGCCCAGGAGCCCACCUUCCAGCGCCGUUCAGCCCUUAAUGUGCGCCUUUUCCUGCGGGACUUUUGUUCUGAGUUUCUGGAGAACUGCUAUAACCGCCUCAUGGGCCUAGUCAAGGACCACCUGCUCAGGGAGAAGGCACAGCAGCAUGAUGAGACUUACUAUCUGUGGGCAUUGGCCUUCUUCAUGACCUUCAACCGUGCCUCCAAUUUUCGACCUAGCUUGGUUUCUGAGACUCUCAGUGUCCGAACUUUCCACUUCAUUGAACAGAACCUCACUAAUUACUAUGAGAUGAUGCUAACUGAUAGGAAAGAAGCUGUCUCUUGGGGUCGCCGAAUGCACCUAGCCUUAAAGGCCUAUCAGGAACUUCUGGCCACAGUGAACAAGAUGGACACGUCUGAGGAUGAAGCAGUGAGAGAGAGUAGCCGCAUCAUUAAGAAUAAUGUCUUCUACAUAAUGGAAUACAGAGAAUUAUUCCUGACUCUCUUUCGGAAAUUUGAUGAGACACGCCAGCCCCGCUCUUAUCUUCGUGACCUGGUGGAGACAACUCAUCUCUUCCUUAAGAUGCUGGAGCGUUUCUGCCGAAGCCGUGGAAAUCUAAUAGUGCAGAACAAAAGAAGGAGAAGGAAGAAGAAAAAGAAGGCACCCACUCAAUCCCCAGCCGCUGCUGGUCAAGUUCCCUACCGCCCAGAGGAUGCAGAGGAUGUGUGGCCAUCCCUCGCUGAGCAGCUGAAGCAUUGUGCCCAGAAUUCGGAGCUCACUCUGGACUCUGUGGUUCCCUUUGAUGCGGCUUCAGAGGUGCCAGUAGAAGAGCAGCGGACAGAAGCUAUGGUGCGGAUCCAGGAUAGUCUCCUGUCUAGUCAGGCUGCUGAGGCCCUGGCCCUCCUUCGGUCAGCCAGAGAAGUAUGGCCAGAAGGGGAUAUAUUUGGUUCCCCAGAUUUUUCCUUAGAUGAAGAAAUUGAACUGCUAAGACAGAUAUUCUCUGCCCCACUUCCCCGGCAGCAGGAGCCUGAAGAACAAGGUGGGGAGGAGGAAGAAGAAGAGGAAGAAGAAGAAGAAGAAGAGUUGCAAGCUGUCCAAGUUUUGGAGAAGGAGUUUAACUUCCUAGACUACUUAAGAAGAUUUGCCUGUUCAGCUGUUGUCAAAGCCUAUGUACUACUGCUGCAGAGCUACCAGAAGAACACUCCCCAUACCAAUCACUGUGUGGUUAAGAUGUUACACCGACUGGCCCACGAUCUCAAAAUGGAAGCCUUGCUCUUCCAGAUUUCCCUCUUCAGUAUCUUUAAUCGGAUAUUUAGUGACCCUGCUUCUGGAGCCUAUAAAGAACUGGUCACGUUUGCCAGAUAUGUGCUGGCCAAGUUCUUUGCGUUAACUGAAGUCAAUCGCAAAGCCUUUGUGGAACUUCUCUUCUGGAAGAACACAGCUGUUGUGCGGGAGAUGACUGAAGGCUAUGGUUCCCUGGAUGCUGAAUCUUCUAACCGAAAACCCUCCAAGUGGAGCCCAGAGGAGGAGAAACAGCUACAGGAGCUGUACCUGGCCUACAAAGAUAUAGAAGGAGAGGAUGUGAUAGAUGCCAUCUUGACCCGCCUGACAACUACGACUCAUUCUCGAAAGCAAGUCAUUCAAAAGUUGGUUGGACUUGGACUGGCUGACAGUGUCAAGGAUUUCCAAAGACAAAGGAAGGGGACCCGCUUGGUUUUAUGGACAGAAGAGCAAGAAUUAGAACUUCAGCGACUCUUUGAAGAGUUCCAGGGUUCUGAUGAUGUCUUGGGUCACAUCAUGAAGAACAUCACAGCUAAGCGCUCACGGGCCCGGAUAGUGGAAAAAAUUCUGUCCUUGGGGCUGGUUGCAGAGCGGCGGGAGCUGUAUAAGAAGCGCCGGAGGAAGCCUGCAACUACCAGUCUUCUGGAUGGAAAGGAUCCUCUGACAGACCCUGACCAGGAGGAUCCGGAGGAAGAAGAGGAGGAGGAUCCACUGCUGGAGGAGGAUAGUGAGGAGGAUGAAGAAGGCCCAGGGGCUGAAGCAGCCCAAAACACCCGAGGCCAUAUAUCCCAAAGCCUUAGGCAGAUCCUGCAAGAGGAAGACUUCUCUGCCCCUAUUCAGUGGCUCCAGAAUUGCCUGAUUCGAAUAGCUGAAGACCGGGAGGUAGAUGGCUGCAGCCAGGCAGUGCCCUUGGUGCCUCUGACAGAGGAGAAUGAAGAUGCAAUGGAGAAUCGGGACUUCCAGAAGCUGUUGAGAAAGCUGGGGAUUCGGCCUCCAGCCUCAGAACAGGAAUCUUUCUGGAGAGUUCCAGCCAAGUUGAGUCCUGCACUGCUGCGGAGGGCGGCAGCUUCUUUGAGCCAAGCAAGGCCUGAGAUACAGUCUGCAGAGUGCCCAGAGCAGGGGCCCAGGAAGGAGAAGCCUGCACAAGUCCCGGGAUCCCCUGUGACGGCCAAAAAACGGAAGGUUGCUCUAGAGUCAGCAGAAGGAAAAGCUGAGGAGGAGCCAUCGAGUUCUGGGUCCCAGAAGCUUCAACUACUAGACAGUGAUGGAGAGCAGAAGGAUGAAAAUGAAAGCAAAGAUACUGAUCCAGACUCCCCUGAGCCCCCGAGGAUCCACAAGAGGAGAAGGUUUCUGAUUGAGGAUGAAGAUGACUAAGAAGCUUUGGUGUGACAUGGGAGGGUGCCCCAGCACUGGUCCCCACAGCUACCUCCCAGGAGCAGCUCCGAAUUGCUGGGGCAGAUUGGCAAAGGGGACAGUGGGUGUGUCCUUUGUUCCAGUUUCCUAGGGUAACAGGCUCUGCCCUUUUCUUGCCCUUGGUUAUCUGCCUUGGCCCAGCUUUGGAACUUUGAGGUGGGAGUAAGAGAGGCAAUUUAUAGAUACUUCUUGUUUUGUGCUUUAUUAUGAAAUUAAAGCAGUAAAUAAAAACCUGUUUCUGUUGACCCGAAUCUCAACACAUUUUACUCUUUGUCCAGGCUUCCACAUAUAUCUU